UAGUAUAGUCUACUUGAUCGCACAUGUUUAUUUAUUAUUUAUUAUUAUUAUUUUCCAUUUUCACAUAUUUGUAUAUAUAUUUUGCUGAAUAUUUUCCCAUAUAACAAAAAAUCCUGAGACGGAGGUGAUCAUGGUGCUCUAAUUUUCUAUUAAAGAAGGGAACCAAAACGACUACAUUUUAAACUAAAAAAGACAAACAUACAAUCCUUAGCUGAGUCAUUUUUCUUCAAAAUGGAUGAUUUAGAAAAAUCCAUUGUUGAAGCAAGAGAAGAGCUUAUGAUUUCAUCCAAUGGAAAUGGCCCAUUUCUAAAAACAGCCCAUUUUCUCAAACCCACUGUAACCUCCAUUAAAGAUCCUUCCUUUAAGCUCCUCCAUAAAGACACCCAUAGUCACUCUUCGAUCACCACUACGAAAUGGGGGAACUUACCAUUCGAGGUGGCAUUCGAUGGGUGGCUUUUCCCACAAGAUAAAUGGAAGGAGUGGGUCAGAAGUUUGAGUUUCAAGCACAGACAAAUAUGGGAAAAAGCUGGAAUUUUUGAUGCGAUUAUGGGGUCCACGUACAAAAUAAACAAAUACCCAGAAGUGGUUUUAGAGCUAGCGAAAAAAUGGUGCCCUGAGACCAACACUUUCUUGUUCCUUUGGGGUGAAGCAACGGUUACCUUAGAAGAUAUAGCUCUCUGUGGGGGUUACUCAGUUUUGGGGUGCCCUGUUUUCAGUCCUCUCGAGUCAUCAUAUAUGGAAGAAAUGGAGGAAAUGCUAAAGGAAGCUCGUUUGGAAAUCGUCAGGUCGAAAGCUAAGAAAGCUUGUCAAUCGGCAUGGAUGACGCGUUUCAUGGGGGAAAAGAGCGAUUUGGAGCAUGUGGCUUUUAUUUCUCUAUGGCUAUCCAGGUUUGUUUUACCUAGUCCUUCACGAACUACCAUAUCAAAACACCUUUUCCCACUUGCUAUUCUUCUAGCAAACGGAACUAGAGUGGCUCUGGCUCCUGCUGUUUUGGCAACUAUUUAUAGGGAUUUAACUUUGUUGAAAAGAAAAAUGGUAGAUUUAAGUGAGUCCGAAGGAGAACUUAUUCUCUGGGCUCCUUUUCAACUAGUCCUUGUUUGGGUUUGGGAGAGAUUCUCAUCGUUCCAGCCAAAACGAAAUUUAGUUCAAGUCGGCCAGCAAAGGUUGGCUCAGUGGCAUAAAGUGAAAAAACCACCAUCUCCUUUUGAUUAUGAUGGAGGAACCUUUUCAUGGCGUCCAUAUGCCACAACCAUGGAUAGUAUCUGUGCUCUAAGCCAGAUUUAUGGAGAAAAAGCAGAUUGGGUUUCAGUUGAUUCAGAUUCAAGUGAACAACUAUUGUCACUUGUUAAGUAUUUGAGGCCAACUGAGUUGGUGGGAAAACAUUUUGAUGGUUAUUGUAUUGAGAAAUAUCUCCCACAUCGUGUAGCUAGGCAGUUUGGCAUGGAUCAAGAUUUGCCAGGUAAUGUUGCUCGGUUCAAUGAGACUCCUAGUACUGCUUGGAAACAAUAUAAUAAGCCAAUUGACUUUAGAAAGCUAUACAUCCCAUCUAUGUCUUAUAAUUCAUGUGUUACGUUAAGAUACUUCAACUGGUGGAAUGAUACGUUGAAACUCGGUGGGAAAGAUGAUGUGAAGAGUAUUGAAAAGCCAAGUAAAUGGAGAGAAGAGAAUGAUCUAUCUUGGCCUCCUGGUUUUCCUCCCAAAUGUGGUAAUGUUAAAGGUAGAGAAUCUGAUCCAGAAGACAACUUAACACUCAAGGAAAUGUUUAAUGGUGUAGAGACUGAUGAAAGUGCUAAUGGAGAGAUUCCGAGAGAUGAUGAUCCUUUGUUGGUUACUGCAAAGAUAAAACCUGUUGAGGAACAAGUUGAUGAAUUUAUGCAGAGUUCAAUUGCUAUUCCUGUAAAGACUGCCUUGGAGAAAGAAGAAAUCCGAACACGUUCUGGGUUUGAUUUAGAUCAAGUAGAACAACUUAAAAAUCGAAUUACCAAGCUUGAAAAAUGGAUGGAAGAGAGAAAAAAGCUAUUUGACACAUUAAAGUAAUUAAGACCCAUAGUAAUUGUUGAUAUGCCUUGUACUUGUUGGAGAAGGAAGCUGUGGAGAAGAGGUUGAAGAAGAGAGUUUUGCCCUUUUGCAGAUUGCAGAACGAAGUUUGCAGCGAAUUGGUUUUGAAUUUUUUAGGAACAAACUCAGAUAGUAGUGAGUGUGAAGAGAGGUUGUUAGCCUGGUAUGUACAAAGACAGAUUACCUUACUGAAAGUUAAUUAAUUAAGAAUGGUCAUAGUCUUAAACUGUAACUAGAUGAUUGGCAUUUGAGGAUGUUAUACAAGGAGUUGGAGGAAAGAGAGACGUUGCUGACUCAAAAUGUAGUUUAGUUCCUUGACUGAUCAAAAUAUGUUAUGGUUAUUUUCUAUA